AUGAUAGCAAGUAUAAAUACUGUGGCGCUUCAGGGGAUUAAUACAGUAAAUGUUAACGUGCAAGUUCACAUGGCCAAUGGAAUACCGGCUUUUAAUAUCGUUGGACUGCCCGAUAAGACUGUAGCUGAGUCUAAAGAGCGCAUUAGAGCAGCAUUAAAUUCAAUAAAUUUACUGUUACCUGCAAAGAGAAUUACCGUGAAUCUUUCUCCUGCAGAUUUGCUGAAGGAAGGCAGCCAUUAUGACUUAGCUAUUGCCAUCGGAUUACUUGUUGUCAUGAAUGUUAUAUCAGUAGAAAAGGCUAACUCACACAUCAUUAUGGGUGAGCUUGCUCUUGAUGGAAGAGUGAUGCCGGUUUCAGGAGUAUUACCAGCGGCGAUUCAUGCAAAGCGAGAAAAUAAAGGAGUAAUUUGCCCGCGGGAGAAUGGUGCAGAAGCUGCAUGGGUAAAGGAUAUCUCGAUUUUAGCUGUAGAAAAGAUAAUUGAUAUUAUAAAACAUUUCAAAGGUGAUCAAUCAAUUCAGCCGGUAGCUUUUCAAUUGCCCAGGGAGAAGAGAUCAAUUUGUGAUAUGAGAGAUAUAAAAGGUCAAAUUGUUGCAAAAAGAGCGGCUGAAAUUGCAGCAGCAGGUGGACAUAAUAUGCUUCUUGUUGGUCCGCCGGGUACGGGUAAAUCAAUGCUUGCUAAACGCUUUAUGGGGCUUCUUCCUGAUUUGAGUGAAUUAGAGAUGAUAGAUAUCAGUGUAAUUUCUAGUAUCACAAAUGGAACAUUUGAAAUGGUGCGUCCUUUUCGUGAGCCUCAUCAUUCGUGUUCCAUGCCUGCAAUGAUAGGAGGUGGAAGAAACGCGAAGCCUGGAGAGGUUACUAUGGCACAUAACGGUGUGUUGUUUCUCGAUGAAUUGCCUGAAUUUCCAAGAUCGGUGCUUGAUUCUCUGCGUCAACCGCUUGAGGAUAGAAAGGUGACCAUCGCAAGAGCGAAUGCUCAUAUUACUUAUCCCGCUAAUUUCCAACUGGUAGCUGCAAUGAAUCCGUGCAGGUGUGGACAUUUGGGUGAUACGAACAGAACAUGCAACAGAGCUCCAAAGUGUGGAAUGGAUUAUAGGAACAAAAUAUCUGGACCGCUGCUUGAUAGAAUAGAUAUAUAUGUUGAAAUGCCAAAUGUUAAUAUACUUUCUCCUGAAAUCUCUGCAGAAGGGGAGAGAACUGAAGCUAUUAGAAAACGAGUAGUAGCGGCAAGAAAUAUACAAAUUGAACGUUACGCUAACUGUGAUACGCGGUGCAAUGCAGAGGUAAAUGGUGACGCACUCAACAAAUUUGCUCAACCUGAUCAGUCUGGAUUAGAACUUUUAAAAUAUGUAUUAAAAGAAAAUUAUAUAUCCAAUAGAGGCUAUACACGUGUGUUAAAAGUUGCAAGAACUAUAGCUGAUCUUGCAAAUAGCGAAGCAGUGAAGAGGGAACACAUUGCCGAAGCAUUGAGCUAUAGGAUGAUUAAAUAUUAA